AAGAGAAACUAGAAGGGAGCGGUAUUAAGUUAAAGUUAGACGUCUGCUAUGGAACCUGACGUGUCUUCACAUGAGAAAUGGCAAUGUCUCCUGUCUGCUGUUACUGAAGGGAGUUUACCGAAGGUGAAAUAUAUAAUUAAAAAAUAUUUCCCCAAAUCAUACAAGUCACAAAUCCAUUCCUGUUUACCUGAACUGUUCAAGGAAAAUCCUCCACUCCACCAGGCAGUUUUGACAGCGUCAGAUGAAGUAGUUCUGUUACUGAUAGACAAUGGGUUUGACAUCCAUGCCAGGAACCGUUAUCAGGAAACAGCACUACACAUGGCCAGCCGCAAGGGCAGACACGUGAUAGUUCAUAAGCUGCUGGAUUCUGGAGCUGACAUGGACAGUCGAGAUUGUGCAGAAAACACCCCGCUGUUUAAUGCUGCAACUUACUCACAUCCACAUAUAGCACAGAUUCUCGUCCAAGCUGGCUGUGACCUCAAUACCCAGAACGAGGAGUUGAUGACACCUCUGGACCAGGCCAUCCUGUACGAUCAGCGUGACACUAUAUCCAUCUUACUGAAAGCUGGCUGUGAGGUGCAGAAAACCAGCGGACAUGUCUACUAUGAAGACCACUAUGUUAACUCUGUUGUGCACUCUCUCUGGCAAAAUGGCGAUAGUAGCAACAUCAAACUUCUUCAGAACUGUGGCUACGAGAUGAAAUACUCUGAUGUCAAAAGAUUGGUUCAGUGGAAAUACAAAGUAGUUGAAGGGGCAGAGAUUCCAGAUAUAGAUAAAGCUGUGAUUGAAGACAUCCUCACCCAACCACUGCCUUUAAUGAAUUGUUGUAGAAUCUCAAUUAGAAAGGUCUUAUCCAAGAUCCACAAAAAGAGUACGCUAGAAAAGUUAGCCACUCAACUGCCUCUACCCCAGUGGCUUAAGGAUUUCAUAGCAUUUAAAGAGUAACUCAAUUCCUUGUCGGUAAGACCACGUCCUGAGAAUAGAAAUUCUUCUGAAAAAAAAGGCCAUGCCAAGUUCUUUCUGUCCCUUUGAAGGGAACCUAGCUGAUAUCAAUUUGUUUUGCAAUUUGUUUUUGUAUUUUAACAUUUACAUGAUUCCUUAAUGAGUACAUUUAAUAUUUCAUGUUGGUGAACAGAUGACUAGAGAAUGAAGUAGACAAUACACAAAUAUAGUUGUGUUUAACAGAUGAUGGACUUGUGAUAUUGUUGUGUACAGGAUAGUAGAAUUAUGUCUUAGACGCUGGUAGAGGAUUUAGAAUUUGGUGUAAGAUAUUUGAUAUAUCAAGUCUGAGAUUUAGGACAUCAGCUUAAAGCUAAACUGUCCAAACAGAGGUGAGUACACUGCCAUUUACAUUAAGUUGUAGUGAAAUAUCUGUAGAAAUAUGACUGUAAUGAUCAGUUUUACCUGAAGUGAAUUAAGCUUUGAGAUAUCAAAAAAAAAUUGACAGGCAAUUAAAUUAAUUGAUACACCUGUUUUUCAAUUAAAGUAGUGUCAUUUUUUUCAAUAAAUGAAUAUGUCUUAUUGUAAUAAAUUUAUCAGGUAAGUAUCACGAUUUCCUGACUUUCCUAUACGUACCAUUAGAUAUUGAAUCCAAUGAUAAGGUUCAUUGCCAAUAUGAUUCAAAGUAACAAUUUAUACAAGAUAGAAGUAUAAUGAUUGUUGAAAAUCUGCCAUAAAUUACCCCUAAUAGAUUAGUGAUGUAUUAAUAACACCUUGUGUUGUACAUGUGUGACCGAUGUUAGAUCUAGUCUGAUAUUAUAACAAUGUUUGUCUAUUUUUGUUGAAAUACUAAGUCAUUCCAAAGUGGUAGUCAAGUUUUAAAAUGUUCGUUUGUUUUUGUUAAUAUUCUAAUUGUACUUGUUUAUACAAUAAUAUAUAAUACAA